AUGGAGCUUCCCGAGAACCUCCGCCCUGACCAGGCAAGCCCCGAGUGGUUGAGCAAGGGCGACAACGCUUGGCAGCUCACGGCCGCCACGCUUGUCGGCAUGCAAAGCGUGCCGGGCCUCGUCAUCCUCUACGGAAGCAUAGUAAAAAAGAAGUGGGCCGUGAACUCGGCCUUCAUGGCCCUCUAUGCCUUCGCAGCUGUCUUGGUCUGUUGGGUCGGGUGGGGCUACCAAAUGUCAUUUGGGGAUGAGCUCUUCAAGUUCCUGGGCUGGCCCCACGUCGCCAUGAACCAAGAAUACCUCCUGAAACGAACAUUCGUUGGGUAUUUGCCAAACGCGACCAUGGUUUAUUUUCAGUUCGUGUUUGCGGCGAUCACGUUGAUUUUGAUUGCUGGGGCAUUGUUGGGGAGGAUGAACUUUCAUGCGUGGAUGCUAUUUGUUCCCCUUUGGUUGACAUUUUCUUAUACAAUUACUUGUUACAGUAUUUGGAACCCCCAUGGGUGGUUGGCUAAGAUGGGCGUUAUUGAUUACUCUGGUGGCUUUGUCAUCCACCUCUCCUCCGGUGUCGCCGGUUUCACAGCAGCUUACUGGGUGGGGCCAAGGGCAACCAAUGACAGGGAAAGGUUCCCGCCAAACAACAUCCUGCUUAUGCUGGCAGGGGCAGGCCUACUGUGGAUGGGGUGGACUGGAUUCAACGGUGGAGAUCCUUACAUGGUGAGCACAGACGCAUCUCUGGCCGUCCUCAACACCCACGUGUGCACUGCCACUAGCUUGCUAACGUGGCUCUUGCUUGACAUUGUUUUCUUUGGGAAGCCCUCUGUGAUUGGUGCCACUCAGGGCAUGAUCACCGGCUUAGUUUGCAUCACCCCGGCUGCAGGUGUGGUGCAAGGUUGGGCAGCAAUGAUCAUGGGAGUAAUGUCCGGAAGCAUCCCAUGGUACACCAUGAUGGUCCUCCACAAGAAAAUCAGUAUCCUAAAGCAUGUGGAUGACACAAUGGCUGUGUUCCACACCCACGCCGUGGCCGGAAGCCUAGGGGGCAUCCUCACCGGCUUCUUUUCCCAUCCGAAGCUAUGCCGAAUCUUCUAUUUGGUAGACGAUUGGCAACACUAUAUUGGCCUAGCCUAUGGAUUGAAAACUGGCCAGUUUAAGGCAGGGUUUAAGCAAAUGGGAAUUCAAAUCCUUGGGAUAUUGUUUGUCAUUGUUGUGAAUGUGAUCACCACUAGCAUAAUUUGCUUCCUCUUGGGGCGCUUUAUCCCCCUGAGGCUCAACGAAGAUGAGUUGCAGAUCGGAGAUGAUGCAAUUCAUGGAGAGGAGGCUUAUGCAUUGUGGGGAGAUGGAGAGAAGUAUGAUGGUUCAAAGCACAAUUCAGUUUAUGGCUUGGAAGAGUUUGCUCUAGUGCCGCCUAAAGCUGAGGCCUGA